AUGUCAGAAGUAAACGAUCAAAGUGAGGUUCAGGAUCAUAUUCAAGCUCAACCAACUCCUGCAGCAAGGAGGCCAACACCUGUGGAAGAUGUAGAAGGGAUGAGUACACCAGAUUUUCACAAUGUUGGUAUGAAACUUCAAAGGGCUAAACAGGUUUAUGAAAUUUACGCUGAAACUCAGGAGAAACCGGCGAGUAGUGAAGUUUUCGGAUGGUAUUUUUAUGGCUUUUGCUCGUAUUUUAUUCACACAGUUCUGGUUCCUAUACUGUUUCCUCUCAUCAUUGGUCAGACCCUGCAUGAUCCACCAGCUCCUCCACACGGUUGGCUCACAAGCUACAAGGGAUUUCAGUGCACUGAGAAGCAAAUGAGGCUGUACCAGAGAUUGACUGACCAAUCUAUCAAAAUUGGCAAUGCUGAAUUAUCUUCACUGGAGUGGACAUCAGUUGCUUGGGUGCUGGGACUGGUUCUUGCAGCACCAAUACUUUCCAUUUUCUCAAUCCACCUAGAUCAUGGCCGUGAUCAGCAACUGCUGGCCGGCGUAGUGACAGCAAUGGGUGGCCUAUUCUGCCUUCCUGCUGGAUUUUUUCGUACAAGAUGGAUAUUUCCGCCUUACAUAGCCUUCAUUAUCAUAGCUAGCACCAUUGGCACCACCUUUCAUGCUCGCCACAUGAGCUUGAUGAUACGUGGAUUUGUCGGUUCCCCCAUCAGAAAAAGCAAGUUUCCUAAUAGAAGAGCAGUAUCUAGUUUACUCUCAGUUUAUUCCACAGCAGCUGGAGGCAUUGGAUCUGCUUUAAUCGCCGCCUUUAUAUACCACAUGCUCAGGAAGUCAGAUAAGUUCACCAGUUUGUGGGUUGUUUCAAUCUUCAGUGGCCUAAUUUGGCUCUCUGGAACGGCGCAAAUAUUUGUCACAACAAGAAGUAACGAACCUGUUUCAGAUCCAUCAGCAAAUUCCCCUCCAAUCUAUCACACAUUUUCCAUAUUUAAGUAUCCUCAUGCAGCUGGAAGCCUGGUUGGCUUGUUCCUUUCAUCACUCACAACAAUGUGCCUUUUCACAGGAGGACUUCUCUAUUCAGUAGGCGAACUCUGCCUGGAAGCAAAACACAUCUUAUAUCUAUGGCUAAUCUACUUCAUUUUCCCUCUGCUUUCUCUUCCAGUAUCACAUCACUUCCAGAAACUCAUCAGGGCUGAUGCAGUUAAAAUGCAGCUCUUGGGAUUCCUGUUAUCGAUAACAACAUCAGGGUUCGGAUUCUAUUUCCGCCACAGGCAUUGGCAAGCCGCCUACGUGCUAUUCUUUACUGCUGUUCUCGGCACUUCAACAGGUUUGUUAUACGCUUUCGGAAGAGUACUUCUGUUGGAUUGUUCUCCAUCAGGAAAAGAAGGGGCAUUUUCUGCCUGGUUUUCAUUGGUGAGAAGCUUAGGGACAUGGACCGGAUUUGCCAUCGCAUCAGCCACGCCUGGGAAUGUGCAGAAAUCUUUUGGGAUCUCAUUUUGUGCAGCACUCGUUGGAGUCAUUGUGUUGAUCUUUGGAAAUGUUGAUAAUUUCAGAGGAGCCAAAGCUGCAGGACAUCUUAUUGAUCAGAAUAGCCAGCAGAGUUCACCUGUGGAGGGCUUGGUUUAUAGUACUGAACAUCCUCAUCAACCAAAAAAUGAAGUUUGA